AAUAUUGCUGCCGAGGGAACGUAGCAGGGCACAAGUCUCUCUUCUUUGCGCCUGGGUGCCCCGUUUCUCCCCAUCACCUACUUACUUGCUGACUGCAACCUCUCUCCCUGUGGGACUUUUGCACCGGCAGCUCUAGAUUCGCUACCCUGCAGCGCUGUGGAGUCUUCAGGCAGUGACAUCCCGUGCACUGCAGAGACCCGACCUUCCUUGCUUCCUUUUAGCCAGAACAACUUUAGGCGAUUCCCCUUCCUCCUCCCCCAUACUCUUUUUGCCCUUCUCAUGCAAAUCAGACCUCGGUUACUUCAGCGUCCUACCCUUGUGCAGGGCUGCAGUUCGACCACCACAAGACCUUACUGCAGGGUGCCUCGGAUCCUGAUCGUGAGCCGAGGGGUCCAGUCCUCACCCUCAGCCAGUGCCAAGGGGGCGAAAGCGGCAAUUGCAGCCUCCAGUUUGUGUCAAGGUCCAGUUUGAAUGACCGCCCUCAGCUGGUGAAGACAUGACGACCCUGGACUCCAACAACAACACAGGUGGUGUCAUCACGUACAUUGGCUCCAGCAGCUCCUCUCCAAGCCGCACCAGCCCUGAGUCCCUCUACAGUGACAGCUCAAAUGGCAGCUUCCAGUCCCUGACCCAAGGUUGCCCUGCCUACUUCCCACCAUCGCCCACUGGCUCCCUCACCCAGGACCCAGCUCGCUCCUUUGGGAGCAUUCCACCCAGCUUGAGUGAUGAUAGCUCCCCUUCUUCGACAUCUUCUUCAUCGUCAUCCUCCUCUUCCUCUUUCUAUAAUGGGAGCCCUCCAGGGGGUCUGCAAGUGGCUCUGGAAGACAGCAGUCGAGUGUCUCCCAGUAAGAGUGCCAGUAACAUCACUAAGCUGAACGGCAUGGUGCUGCUGUGUAAAGUGUGUGGGGAUGUUGCUUCGGGCUUCCACUAUGGCGUGCACGCCUGUGAGGGCUGCAAGGGCUUUUUCCGUCGGAGCAUCCAGCAGAACAUCCAGUACAAAAGGUGUCUGAAAAAUGAGAACUGCUCCAUCGUCAGAAUCAAUCGCAACCGCUGCCAGCAGUGUCGCUUCAAAAAGUGUCUCUCCGUGGGCAUGUCUCGAGAUGCUGUGCGUUUUGGGCGCAUCCCCAAACGAGAGAAGCAGCGGAUGCUCGCCGAAAUGCAGAGUGCCAUGAACUUGGCCAACAAUCAGUUGAGCAGCCAGUGCUUGCUGGAGACUGCACCUACCCAGCACCCAACUCCAGGCCCCAUGGGCCCCUCACCACCUCCAGCUCCAACCCCUUCACCCCUGGUGGGCUUCUCCCAGUUCCCACAACAACUGACACCUCCCCGAUCCCCAAGUCCGGAGCCUACAGUAGAGGAUGUGAUAUCCCAGGUGGCUCGGGCUCACCGAGAGAUCUUCACUUAUGCACAUGACAAGCUGGGCACCUCACCUGGCAACUUCAAUGCCAACCAUGCAUCGGGUACCCCUCCGGCCACCACUCCACAUUGCUGGGAAAAUCAGGGCUGCCCGCCUGCCCCCAAUGACAACAAUGUCAUGGCUGCCCAGCGUCAUAAUGAGGCCCUGAAUGGCUUACGCCAGCCUCCCUCCUCCUAUCCUCCGGCCUGGCACCCUGCCCCUGCCCACCACAGCUGUCAGCAGCCCAACAGCAAUGGGCACCGUCUGUGCCCCACCCACGUGUAUCCCGCCCCGGAAGGCGAAGCACCUGCCAACAGUUCACGGCAGGGCAACUCCAGGAAUGUUCUGCUGGCAUGUCCCAUGAACAUGUACCCGCACGGACGCAGUGGGCGAACUGUACAAGAGAUCUGGGAAGAUUUCUCCAUGAGCUUCACACCUGCUGUGCGGGAAGUGGUAGAGUUUGCCAAGCACAUCCCCGGCUUCCGUGAUCUUUCUCAGCAUGACCAGGUCACCCUCCUUAAGGCUGGCACCUUUGAGGUGCUGAUGGUGCGCUUUGCAUCACUGUUCAACGUGAAGGAUCAGACAGUGAUGUUCCUGAGCCGCACCACCUACAGCCUGCAGGAGCUCGGCGCCAUGGGCAUGGGGGACCUGCUCAAUGCCAUGUUCGACUUCAGUGAGAAGCUCAACUCCCUGGCGCUUACCGAGGAAGAGCUGGGCCUCUUCACCGCGGUGGUGCUCGUCUCUGCAGACCGCUCGGGCAUGGAGAAUUCCGCUUCGGUGGAGCAGCUCCAGGAGACGCUGCUGCGGGCUCUUCGGGCUCUGGUGCUGAAGAACCGGCCCUCGGAGACUUCCCGCUUCACCAAGCUGCUGCUCAAGCUGCCGGACCUGCGGACCCUGAACAACAUGCAUUCCGAGAAGCUGCUGUCCUUCCGGGUGGACGCCCAGUGACCCGCCCGGCCGGCCUUCUGCCGCUGCCCCCUUGUACAGAAUCGAACUCUGCACUUCUCUCUCCUUUACGAGACGAAAAGGAAAAGCAAACCAGAAUCUUAUUUAUAUUGUUAUAAAAUAUUCCAAGAUGA